CACCGCCCACCACCUGCUUUUCUCCCCCUCCUCCGAUCCACGUUGGGGCACUGUGUGGAUAACUGUAUAUACUACUCCACCUCGGCGACUUUGCUACUGCCGGCCCGGCCAUCUCCAUCCACCGUCUGCUCAGCUCCAAUCCGCUCCAGCAGGCCGCCUCGCCGCCACUGCAUCUCUCUCUCUCUCUCUCUCUCUCUCUCUCUCUCUCUCUCUCUCUCUCUCUGAGCUCGGAGGGCAUCCUUGGUGUUCUUAGCGGGGAUGGAAGCGGCCUUGCUGGUUCUGGAUGGACUGCAAAAUCUCCCACCUCUUACUUCUGCUUAUUUGGUGUGCUUAUCCGAAAUCAUCUCCACUUAAACUCGUGUUGUUGAUAUUUUUUUUCUUGGAUUCAGUCUGGGUCACUUCGACGCAAAUCAUCUAUUUUCCCUUUACUGCUAAUAAGGAGGCCACUCCCUUUUGAUCGAACCGCUGCCUCAUGGCACUGCCUUUAGAAAGGAGAAAAAAUACCCCUGCAUUUGACUAAUUUGUUUGCUCUUUCUUCAAUUCAUCGGGCCUUUUUCCUCCGCUGCCAAUUUAUUUGUGGGAUUAGUCUGCGCAGACGUGAAUCCAACUUCUUCAGGUUCUUGCUAGCCACUAUUUGAUUUCCUUUUGGGAAGAAAAGAAGUUCUUGGCUAAGUAAGAUCCAGCUCCGUUGCGUUUCAAUCCGACUUUUUGAAUCCCCACUUCACUCAAGUUUUUGUGUUCAUUCGUUGGUGACCAUGGAGUCAACUUGUGAAGCUGACAAGUUCAACCAGCAAUGCUCGGCUGAAUCUUCGCACUUGUUUAUUGUUUUAACAAGAGACGAGCGUCUCGCCUCAUCCCAUCUUGGCCGGAGCAACCAGCAACACAGAGCACGCCGGAGCAGCCAUGGCGCCGCCUCAGAGAAACCCGGCGCCUUGCAAGGUCCCGCCGCCACUCACCUGGAUUCGGCCGCCAUCGCUCGCCCAUCGGUCGCCGCCCUCUGCAGGAGAGCCGCAUACCGGCCCGCAGGCUCGUUGAGUCGCUCCGAUCCGGAUCGAUUGGGAGAUGCCGAUGGGUUGACCCAGCCCGCCGACUCUCCACUUUUCUCCUCCUUCAUUUCAGAGCGCUCCUCCCGCCUAGCUGCGCCGCCCAGCGCCGCCUCCCCGUCAUGGCUGCCCCCUGCAAUAAGGAUUAAAUACUCGAAAAUACAGGGUCUUUUUUGUAAGAACGAAUCGUUUUUUUCAGAUUAACCCCCUUAAAAAGGAUUGCGGGUUGAAUAAAAAAACCUCAAGGGCUUUUAUGCAAAAUAUGCAAUGA